AUGUUUUCAAAUCUACUCUUGUGUUUUUCCUUCUUGGCCACUGUGCCCCAAAUUACGAGAGCAGCACAAGUCGCCAAUUUCAACGUGUCUGCUGAGACGGCCUUGGAAUAUGGCUGUGAUGCAACCUGCUACGAGUACUUCAGCUACGGCCUUGAAUACGACGCUUCGUACUUUGGAAGCCUUUAUGACGAAGACUUUUACGCAACGGCCGACAAUUUUUCCACCUCCGAGCCCGGCGAUCUUCUCAAGUUCCAACCCAUCGAUCCAGACAAUCUCAGUGAUAUUCCCGAUGGAACCACUGCUUAUCGCUUCCAAUAUGUCUCCGUAGAUGUAUUUGGCAACUCUGUUCCCGCGACGGGUUUCAUUGCAUUUCCAUACUCUAGCAGAUCCAAUGACCAUAAAUUCGGCACCGUCGCUUGGGCACACGGUACCUCUGGUGUCUUUCGAGGUUGCGCUCCCUCUGCCAUGCCCAACCUGUACGAGUAUGGAAGCUGGGCUUACCUGAUCAACCGAGGCUACGCUGUUGUCGCGACAGAUUAUGCUGGCCUUGGUAACAACUACACUGCUCAUCAGUAUUUUGCCUUCUCGGCCCAGGCCAACGACUUGUACUACUCUGUUGUCGCCGCGCGCCAGCUCUUCGGUAGCCAGCUCAGUGAUGAGUGGGUGAGCGUCGGGCACUCGCAAGGCGGUGGUGCCGUCUGGACUCUGGCCGAGAGCGACUUGCUCCGCGAAGACCCUGCCAACGCUGGCACCUACCUCGGAACCGUCGCGCAGGCUCCCGGUCUUCGUGGCAAAGAUCUUGCCGAAGAGGGCUACUAUGCCGCCCUCAACUCCACCGGCACAGACAACUCUCGCGCUGUUCUUGGCGAGCUGGGGUGGGGCGCCUUUGGUCUGCACCGGGUUAUCGCCAAUGAAUCCUUUUCAUGGGUCCAUGAGAAGUUCCGAAAGCGUCUGGCGCUCGCCGAGCUGGCUCAGGCCUGCUACUUGUCAAUGGAACUGCUGGUGGCAGAUCUCGAGGUCGAUGAUGUCUUCAACAUCUCGGAUGCAAGCUUCCAGGCAGAGUUCUCGGUAGCUCAGAACUAUUCCUUGGUCGGCCAAGGCAAGAGUGAGCAGCCGGUCCUGGUGGUCCAAGGUCUUGCCGACGUUUCCGUGUAUCCAGACAUCACUGAGCUCAGCUACGAAGGAGCGUGUGAAUACGGCAAUGUCAUCCAAAUGCAAUACUAUCCUGGCCUUGACCAUGUCCCCGUCAUUGCUGCAUCGGCGCCGUCCUUUCUGCAAUGGAUCGACGACCGUUUCGCUGGCAAGACGACCCCGUGUUCGUGUACCAACACGACCAUUCAGCCAUUCGACGCGACCUACAUGUACGCCCCCGCUGAUACCGAUUAG